AUGACAACUAACCCUAACAAUAGAAACCCUCCAAAGACGUCUUUCCCGGUCUUAGGGAGCACAGCUGACACCACCCGGAUCGUCACAAACAUGCAGAACCCAAAAGAAGCAAAGGAAAAGAGCGAUUCUGGAGGGAGGGAGCCUGCGGAGCGGAUGAGAGGCAGACUGGCACUGAGCAGCAGCUUAUUCAGGACCUUUCUCCUUUCCAAAGCCUGGAGUUCCUGUGCAGGAGCCAAAAAGAUGGGACACGAGACCCACAGUCCCUUUAAAUCGCCCACCCCCGCGCCUGUCAGCCUCUUCCGAACCCCCAUGCCCUACAACUUCCUCCUCAUGGAAACUUCCACUGGGUCCCUGCACCGGGUGCCCGAGCCCGAGAGGAGCCGGUCUCAGAGGCCAGCUUCAAGGACAGAGCGCGUCGCUGGCCACCCGCGCCCGGCCCGCAAGACCUGUAGACCUCCCCCCACGCCCGCCCACCCUGCCAAGUUACCAGAGCGCUGGAGCCUGGAGGUGGCGCCCCAAGGCGGCGUGCUGGCGAGCUGCGGCCGAGCAGCCGGUGGCCUCAGCUCUGGUGCUCGUAUUAGCCAUGCAAAGUUAAUCCCGCCGCGUCACGCCGGCCGGCCGCCCGCCCAAGGCUGCGCCGUGCUCGGCCGAGCCGCAGUCUCCUCCCCGCUCCGCCCCCUCCGCCACGGGGUCCAGUACUGCGCGGGCUCCCGAGCGAGCCCUAUUCCCUUGACCUGUCAACUCUCCUCCGGCGCCGACGCUGAGGGGCGCAGCGUGGGUCCCAGGACACCGGCGACCUCUCUGCCGCGACCUGCGCGGGCGGCGAGGUGCAGGGCCGGAGUCUCCGACUCCGGAGGACCCAGCGCGGUAGCCUUACUAGGGACUAGGGUGUCAGCUCCUCCGCCGCUGGCGAACCGCCGACCGUUCUUCCCCUCUGGUCCUCUAGCCUGUUCGAUUCUCCCAGCAGCUGCGGCAGGCUCAGGCCACCCUGGCUCCGCCAGAGUAUCAGAGACGAAAUGGCUUCCGGGCUGUGCUCCCUGCCACUGCCCGAGCAACCCUCCACUCGAGUGCCCUGCGCACCUGCCGCUUAUGUGCAAAUGUCCCCCGCUACGACUCUGCGGUAACGGCGCCUUGUGCGCCACCCUCCCCCGGGGUCACGUAGCUGCGGGUCUGGUGGACACGCGUCCACCCACCCAACUGCAGGAGCGUGGAGGAUCCAUUUGAGCCAUCAUUCUUUUAGUUGAAGAGAAAUAUAAGUACAAAACCAGAAGACAAAAAUAAUCUCCACCCUGGAAGGGUUCUGCACUUGCAAGCAUAGCGCUGAAAUGUCCAUACCUCAAGUUCCGAAGGUCAGGUUGGGAGAAAACAGCGGGCGACAGUGUGCUGUUCCAGAUGACCCAGGCAGUCUUCCAGCUACGCCUUGGAGAACCUAGGAUCACAGUUCACCUACACCAUCCUCCUGACCAGUCUAUGAAUUUCAAACUGAUGAUUCCAGUCAAGGAAGAAAGCCAUCUGUUUGUUUCCUAAAGAACUAUUAGGCAAGAAAGAGUAUGAAACAUGAAGCCCAACAAGAGCAUGCAUGGGUCACAGUGCAACUGGCCAUAGAUCUUUAUUGAACAUGGUAAAAUGUGUUUUUAAAAAUAUUCUCUCUUAAUUCCUGCAUUUGUGAGCACUGCUUAUCUUUUUAGCUUUCUUAUAUGACUACACUUUGUCCCUACCUACUGCGCCUGUGAAUCAGAAUCCAGUGGGAGAAAUAAAGCACAAAUUAGAAUUGA